AUGUGCCCUCACGCAAACGGUGGCGCCCCUCCCAGCGGUACCAGUGAAAUGGUUGGUAUUGAAAACACUCGCAAUGGCACUAACGGCACCGCCCACCAUGUGUCUGAGGCUCAGCGUCGAAACCCCUACGCUCCUCGCGCUGCCGACUUCCUGAACAAUGUCUCCAACUUCAAGAUCAUUGAAUCCACACUCCGAGAGGGGGAGCAGUUUGCUAACGCCUUCUUCGACACCAAGACCAAAAUUGCUAUUGCCAGGGCUCUUGACUCAUUUGGCGUCGAGUACAUCGAACUCACCUCACCCGCUGCGUCAGAGCAGUCGCGUCUCGACUGCGAGGCCAUCUGCAAGCUCGGCUUGAAGGCCAAAAUCCUCACACAUAUUCGGUGUCAUAUGGAUGAUGCCCGGAUCGCCGUCGAGACUGGUGUCGACGGUGUCGACGUCGUCAUCGGCACUUCCUCCUUCCUCCGCGAGUUUUCUCACGGGAAGGACAUGACCUACAUCACCAAGACUGCCAUCGAGGUCAUCAACUUUGUCAAGUCCAAGAACAUUGAAGUUCGCUUCUCGACUGAGGACUCUUUUCGCUCCGACCUUGUCGACCUCCUCUCUAUCUACCAGACCGUCGACAAGAUCGGUGUCAAUCGCGUAGGUAUCGCGGAUACCGUCGGUGGUGCCAACCCAAGACAAGUAUAUGACCUCGUGCGGACUCUCCGUGGCGUCGUGGGAUGUGAUAUUGAGAUCCAUCUGCACAACGAUACAGGCAUGGCCAUUGCUAACGCAUAUACCGCACUCGAGGCUGGCGCUACUCAUAUUGACACUUCCGUUCUCGGAAUUGGCGAGCGCGUCGGUAUCACGUCCCUUGGCGGUCUCGUUGCAUGCAUGUACGCCGCCAACCCUGAGUAUGUCAAGGCCAAGUACAAUCUUCCCCUACUUCGUGAAAUCGAGAACCUCGUCGCCGAAGCCGUCGAGGUCAACGUUCCAUUCAUGAACCCCAUCACUGGCUACUGUGCAUUCACUCACAAGGCUGGCAUCCAUGCCAAGGCUAUCCUCAACAAUCCUAGCACAUACGAAAUCCUCAAGCCCGAGGACUUCGGUCUCACCCGCUACGUUUCCAUUGGACACCGUCUAACCGGUUGGAACGCGGUCAAGUCUCGUGUUGAGCAGCUAGGCUUGGAGUUGACCGACGAGGAGAUCAAAGACGCCACCGCCAAAAUCAAGGAGCUCGCUGAUGUCCGGACACAAUCCAUGGACGACGUCGACUCGCUCCUGCGUGUCUAUCACUCCGGUAUCCAGUCCGGUGAGCUUGCCGUCGGACAGAAGGAGGCGCUGGAUCGUUUGCUCCGCGAACACCGUGCACAGCAGCAUGCCGUCACGGAAUGA